AUGGACACACUGGCCCGGACACACCAGCACGGACACACCGGCACCGCCACAGACCGUACAGACAUCGGCACCGCCACGGACAUCGGCACCGGCAUGGACACCGGAACGGACACCGGCAUGGACACGGACACCGGCACAGACAUCGGCACUGACACUGGCACGGACACACCGGCACCGGCACGGACACACUGGCACGGACACACUGGCACGGACACACUGGCACGGACACACUGGCACGGACACACUGGCACGGACACACUGGCACGGACACACUGGCACGGACACUGGCAUGGACAUCAGCACGGACACCGACACACCGGCACGGACAUCAGCACCGGCACGGACACCGACGCGGACACACCGUCACGGACCGCCACCCAAAAGAUUCUACCUGUUACCCGGGCUCAAACGAGAGCAGGUCUGCAGCCACUGCCAGACUUGCACAGUAGUCUGCUGCAGGGCGGGGCCAAGGGCCCAAGAAAACCACGCCGACAACGUCGGUUUGAGUAG